ACUUGCAAGAAAUCUGUUUUGUUAUUGGCCAUCAUAUGGCCUACGCUUCCUGAACAAAAUAUAUUUAUUGUUCAUGUCGCCCGGAAAGCGAAGCGUUUAAUUUCUCAACUGGGAACGGUGGACAGGACUAACUGACACGCUCACGAUGACCGCUUCAGGGUUUGUGCUGGUCGCCUUGCUCGCAUCUCAGAGUGCAGUUAUGGCCAGGGUCCUGUUGGAGCCGACGCAGGCGAGGUUGGACAGCACCAAGUUGUCUGCUAAGCCUGGUCAAGUGUGUACGUUCUUGGGACUGUGCGGCAGCCAAUCGGAGGGCAAGGAGGUAGAGCUCCUGACCAAUCACAUCGCUGAUGGUGACAUGACUAGUGUGGCCCCUUUUAGGGGCACACAUCCGGAGGUACAGCUGUUCCCUCAGUGCACGUUCUGCCUUUUUAUCGUCAAGAAGCUGGAGAGCAUGUUGGGGACGGAGAAGACAAAGGACGCCGUAGUGCAGCUGCUGAACGUGGUGUGCACCAUCCUGCCCCACCGCUGCCGGGACCAGUGCGAGGGCUUCAUCGCCAAGUACGCCAAGCAGCUGAUCGAAUUCCUGCUGUCCUCUGCCAACCCCAACACCAUCUGCAUGCUGCUCCACCUCUGCCUGGUGCAGGAGCUGCCCCUCGUGGAGAUGCCCCCCCUCUCGCCGUGCGACUCCUGCCAGACCCUGACGGCGCUGUCCCGGAUUCACCUGGGCUCCAACCUCACCGAACACGGGGCGUCCUCUUUCCUGGAGUCCGUCUGCGAGCUGCACCCCCACGCCGUCCCAAAGUGCCAGGUCUUCACCCAGCGCUACGGGUCCAGGCUGCAGAGGAUUCUGGGAAAACAGGAGGAUGCCCUGGACAUGUGUGAGCGGGAGGACCUGUGCGCGGCGGGAAGCGAGGCGAUGAUGCCGGGCGGAAACCACUGCACCUGGGGCGCGACUAGUGUGCGCAAACAUGAAGACGGCUCUGGAGUGCGACAGUGUACUGUUCUGCGAGAAAUUUAUGUGGAACUAGCAAACCCAGGACCCAGGCAAGCUCUACCACCCGGCUGCCCCGUUUUGGCUGUAGGCUACUUCUGAUGAUGCCAGAUCCACUUGUAGCAACGGAUAAGAAUUAUUUAGCUUUAGCAACUCAGACUGCAAUUUAUCAAAGUCAAACAUGCUGAAACGUUGAUUAAAUAAUGAGUGAUACCGGGCAAUGAAAAUACCAAAGUGAUACUUUUAAAAAAAAAUUUUUUACAGACGAUUGGUCCUUGUAAUG